AAGUGGGGAAGGAGGGGCCGCACCACCCAAUCCGAAGAGGUGAGCGAGCGAGCGAGCAAACGAGCGCGACCAACACGAUGAUGCUGAUGAUGAUGAUGCUGAUGGUGUAGCCCAAUCACGACAGUGCGUAAGGGAAUACCCCUCGCGGCAGUGGGCGCGGUGGCAGGGAAGGGAAGACGAGCAGGAGGAGGAAGAAGAGAGAGCGGGGCUUAGCGUAGCAUAGCUUAGCGACGGGGUGGGUGUUAGUCAACGCAGGUGCUACUAACUGUCAGACUCAGCUAGCUCUCGAGGUGCAUAAUGGCUGUUGUGCCCAUUCCCCUCGCUGCCAUCCGCACCCCACUCUCUCCAAUUGCCGUGGGCGCUGCUGCAAUUUGACUGAUUAUAGAUUGACUUAUAAUACGUGAACCCGGGUGUUUAUUCGGUCUUGUGCCUUGCGCCGGUUUCGGUGUUGUUGAGUAGAGUCGGUGUUAGUGUGUGUCUUCAUGGUGAUUGGGUUUUGGGCUGGGAGGGAGCGUGGGCAAGCGGGAUGAUGGAUCGCUUGCUUUAGCUUCGGUGUGGUGGGGUGGAGUGGGCAGCGGGUGCUCUGGCAGUGGGACGGAGUAAGUUCCGCUUUUAGUUGCGUCUUUCAAGCUGGUUUGGACCUUUAAAGGUGGCCUGACGUCUGCUGCUUCCAUUUGUCGUCUGGUAUACGUGAGCCCAGAGGAGUAAGGGUUUGGGUGUUGGUCGUUUGUGGUCGUGGGAUCAAUCUCUGUGGCGGUGUGACGUGUGUUAGGUGGGAAGCAACAGGAGGUGGGCUUGUUGAGCUGCGGAGUAUGGAAAAAAGCGGGAAGGUGACGUGAGAGCUGGAAUGAUGGCCGAGUGAGCGUGUUUGUUUUGAGGGGGUAAUUAGAUGGGAAGAUAGAGGUCGGAUGAGUCUGGGCGGUUUGCGUAGAGACGUCAAGGAAAAGGAAAGUGGCGAGGUGUAGGAUCUUGGUGGAUUUUUCUCUCCUGAAGCUAGAGACUUCCGGUGCAGAAUGUGGUUAAAUGGAACUCAACAGGUGGAAUUCAUGACAUGGAAACCUACUGGGUCUUGUUUGGAAUACAAUCUCACGCUGUCGACUUCUCUUUACGUCAUUUUCUUAGGUUCAGAGAUAUAGUAGAAAGGUUUGUGGAAUUAUCAAGAUGGGUGACAACAGUGCAAGUGCAAGGACGGAUUCAUCUUCUGACAUGGACGGUGAUGCGAAGUUGGAUGAUGGGCAGCAUUUAGCUAGUGGCGGUGGAAACUCAAACGAUUCCAGUCUCGAAACUGGAACGAAGAAUGGCGAUUCUAAGGUACUAAGGCGGUUAGCACAAAAUCGUGAGGCAGCCCGAAAAAGUAGGCUCAGAAAAAAGGCAUAUGUGCAGCAGUUGGAGUCCAGCCGCAUAAAGCUGAACCAACUCGAGCAAGAGCUUCAAAGAACUCGGCAACAGCAGGGUCUAUACCUUGGACCUGGUUCGUACAGUGACCAAAAUGGUCAGUCGGGUGGAGUUGGUGGAGCAAACGCAUAUAGUUCAGCAGGAGCUGCUGCAUUUGACCUGGAGUAUGCAAGGUGGGUUGAAGAUCAUACCCGGCAGAUGAGUGAGCUCCGGGUGGCCCUACAGGCUCAUGUCGCUGACGCUGAUUUACGAUUACUAGUGGAUGGGAGUAUGGCCCACUAUGACGACCUCUUUCGGCUCAAGGACGCUGCUGCAAAAGCCGACGUGUUUCAUCUCGUGUCCGGCAUGUGGAAAACUCCUGCAGAGCGAUGCUUUGUAUGGAUUGGAGGCUGCCGACCCUCUGAGUUACUAAAGAUAUUAGUACCUCAAAUAGAACCUUUGACAGAGCAGCAGUUGUUAAACAUCUGCAAUCUGCAGCAGUCCUCUCAACAGGGUGAAGAGGCCCUCUCUCAAGGGAUGGAACAACUUCAGCAGUCGCUUGCCGAAACACUGUCUGCCGGUUCUCUUGGCUCAGCAGCAAAUGUUGCCAACUACAUGGGACAGAUGGCUGUGGCCAUGGGACAACUUGGGAACCUCGAAGGUUUCGUGCGUCAGGCUGAUCAUUUGCGACAACAGACGUUACAACAAAUGCACCGGGUAUUAACCAUUCGCCAAGUAGCCCGAGGACUUCUUGCGAUGGGUGAUUACUUUGCUCGUCUUCGAGCUCUUAGUUCUCUAUGGUCCGCCAGGCCUCGUGAAUGAGAAACAUUGUCGUUUCAGGCGAUGGUGAAGUCUUCGGCGCAGGUAUGGAAGCCACAACAGUCAGCACUCUUGGUCAUGUACCCAGUUCUGAUAGCACAGAUUGCUGCGUAAUUUCUUCUUAAACAAGUUCCAGUGAUGGAGGGCUGUGAGCGUGGACGUGAACUUUGUUACAAGUUCCAAACGUAGCUUGAAAGCGCGUCACUUGUCUGCGGUUGCAACAUUGGCAAUAGUCAUUGGUGGUUGGGAAAAGGAAAAGCUGUUAGGUGAUUCGCUGGUCCUUGUUAGACUCAUGGGAGCAUUCUACUGUGACAACAAAUGACUCGUUCCGGCCCACUGGUUCAAGUGUGGGGUGCAGAGCAGUUCUAGUAUUUUGACCAGUGAAGUGAGCCCCUUGCCUGAGGGCUCGGAACGUACUCUAAAAUUCCACGAUUUAUGUGCAUUCCAGGAGUCCAUGUAAUUCGGAUACUUUAUACAUUGUGUAUAUAAUAUGCUUACGAUACAUAUGAAUUUGCGAAUUCAGUCUCGAUUUUAUA